UAUUUAGUUAUUAAAUAAAUAAUCAUAAUCAUGUAUAAAAUUUUUCGUCGCGUUUUUCAAAACUUAAUUAUCAAUAAUUUAAAUAAAUAUUCUUUUAUUGCUUAUAAUCCAUUGAACUUUAGCACAUCAUGUCAGAAAUACACAGCUGGAUUAAUUAUAAUUGGAGAUGAAAUAUUAAAAGCGCAAGUGAAGGACACUAAUUCAUACUUCAUGUGCUCACUUUUGUAUGAGCAUGGAGUUAAAGUUGAAAAAAUAUCAAUUAUUAGUGACAGCAUAGAAGAAAUUGCUAAUGAAAUAAGAUUAUUCUCUGGUAAAUAUAAAUAUGUAAUUGCAUCUGGUGGCGUUGGACCUACUCAUGAUGAUAAAACUUAUGAAGGCCUCGCUAAAGCUUUUGGAGACUCUUUACAUUAUCAUCCAACACUGAUGAACAUUAUAAAAGAAAUAUCUGACGUUGAAGAUAAAAAUUCCCCACUGUUUAAAGUCGCUUAUAUCCCAAAAAUUGCAAAUCUGAAAUUUGGGAAAAAUGAUCAAGGUCAAUUAUUAAAAUUUCCGUGUGUUAAUGUUGAGAAUGUUUAUGUAUUUCCUGGAUCUCCGAUAUAUUUUGAGCCAUUGUUUAAAAGCUUGUGUAAAGAGAUAUUUAAUGCACAUAAAAGAUUUUGUAAAAGGGAAUUAUACAUAGAUGCCAAAGAAGAUGUAUUUGCUAAUGCAUUAACAAGUGUUGCUAAUGAAUUUCCUGAUGUUGCUUUCGGCUCUUAUCCUAUUAGCGACCAAAACUUUUACAAAGCGCGCGUUACAGUUGAAAGUGAAGAUCAAUUAAUUACUGAAAAAGCAGCCGGAAAAUUUUGCAGUCUAAUUUCUUCUGAUAUUUUAGUUAAUUAUGAUAAAUCUCCUGAAGUAAAUUCUUUAGAAAAGUACAAAGAAUUUAUUUCCAAAAUUGAUCAAUCAAAAGCUAAGAUUUUUACAGAGACAGUCCAGGAAUUAAAAGAAAUUUUAAGUAAUUCUAAUGUAGUUAUUCAGUAUGAUUUUUCUGUUGAAUCAACUGUAUUGUUACACCUUGUUCAUAUUGCCCGAACUUCAUUAAACAGCAAUGAAAUUAUUGAUGCUUUAAUUGUAAAGGAAAAAAAUAAACCAAUAAAUGUUGAAAAUUUUCAUAAAGAUAUUUUAAGUCGGUACAAUGUAAAAUUAACCGUAUUGGAUGCGGAAACAAAAAUAAACUUAGAAAAUAUAAAAAUACUUUAUCCAGAAUUAAAAACAUUGUUGCUUACUGAAACAAAUAACACAAAGGACAAUUCAGCAAUUGUAAAAUUACUGAAACAGUUGUCGCCGUCAAUCGAAAUUAAAACUCCACUACUCGAAUGGAAUUCAGAAACUUUGUGGAGCUUUACUCGGUCUCUCUGCCUUCCUUACAUUAAAUUGUAGUACUACAGGUAAUUUAAUAAUAAACGCAUCACUUGCCUGCAAAGUAACAAGAUUUAUUGCAACCAUAAAUUACAUUUCUUAACGACCAAAAGAUGAUACUUAUAUUACUUACUAAAGUUAUGAUUACGCACCCUUGUACAAAAAUAUUAUAUUUUUUAAGUAUUAAAUAAAUUUUAAAAAUGUGUAUUUAAAUAUAAUUAU